UUUCAUGCCGUCGUGCACGCGCCGGGCACCGAUGCCGUGCGAGUGGCGGCUGGGAAGUUCCAGAAUUCCGUUGCAAGCUGGUGCGGAGCCAGCCCGUAGAAGGAAGACGGGACACGUGUUCAUCCCGAGAGCUGCUUUGGCUCAAAUUGGUGCAGUUGGUGGAAGGAUGGCUUCUGCAGUGUUGCGCAAUACUAACCCUAUCACAGAGAAAUACCGGAUAAAGACACUGGAACCAGCAGCUUGGUUUAUGGGUUGCCCCGUUUCGAAUUCCAGUCCUGCAGUGCCAACUGUGCACACAAACGUACACAGAAAUCCUCAACUGGCUAACCGUGGUUAUUUUUGUCUGACCUCAUGGGACAAAGGACCCACCUGUCCUGAUACGCUGACGUUGCAGCUGAGACAGAAAGGGCACUCGGACGACGGGCGACGGGGCUUCCGCACAGGUUUGGCCAGUUGUCCGAGGGGAGCGCAUGAGGAGUCUGAGUUGCGGGCCCCCGGUCCUGGCUCAGACUGCACCCAGCAACGCGGCGAGACAGCAGUGGAGAGAGGUGGAGCACCUGACACUGCCCUGGUGCCCCCUGCAGCCAUGAGGUCCAUCCGAUCCUUCGGUAAUGAUGACCGCCACGUCAUGGCUAAGCACUCCACCAUCUACCCGUCAUCAGAAGAGCUGGAGGCUGUGCAGGCAAUGGUCUCUACCGUGGAGUGUGCCCUCAAGCACGUAUCCGACUGGAUGGACGAGCUCAGCCGACCUAAUGGGGAGGAAGGGAACCCAGAUUCGGUGGACUCGAAUGAAGACGGCACCAAGGAGCCGAGCGGUAGGGUCCUCUGCGGUGUCAUGCGGGUCGGGUUGGUGGCCAAGGGGCUCCUCAUCAAAGAUGACAUGGACCUGGAGCUGGUGCUAAUGUGCCGAGAGAAGCCCACAGAGACUCUCCUGCACACUGUUUGCGAGAACCUUCCUCUGCAGAUCCAGAAACUGACGGAAGAGAAGUAUGAAGUGCAAAGCUGCAUCCCAGACGCAGCCAUCCUGGUGUGCAGCACUAAGGAGCCCAAGCUGAUGCUGAAGGUCACCCUCACAUCCCUGCAGAUGAGGGAGGAUUUCAGCAAGGGAGACAAAGUAGAGAAUGUUGAGCUGAAAGAUCCACCUGACGUGCUGGACCGGCAGAGUUGCCUGGUCGCGCUGGCGUCUCUGCGACAUGCCAAAUGGUUCCAGGCUAGAGUGAAUGGCCUGAAGUCUUGUGUGAUCGUACUGCGAAUUCUGCGCAAUAUGUGCAACAGGGUGCCAGCAUGGGAGCCCCUCAAGGGAUGGCCUCUGGAGCUCAUCUGUGAGAAAGCCAUUGCCACCUGCAACAGGCCGCUGGGGGCCGGAGAGGCCCUCCGCAGGGUCGUGGAGUGUCUUGCAUCUGGAAUACUGCUCCCAGGUGGACCAGGUUUGCAUGACCCCUGUGAGAAGGAGCCAACGGACACGCUAGCAGCCAUGACGGCUAAGCAGGCAGAGGCCAUCACUUACCAUGCCCAGCAUGCUCUUCGACUGUUGGCAUUCGGACAGAUCUACAAGGUCCUGGAAAUGGACCCCCUUCCGUCAAGCAAACCCACCCAGAAGUACUUGUGGUCAGAGAAAGAAGGAACAGGGGUGAAGAGACCAUAUGAGGAUGGAAACGCAGAUGACAAAGACCUUAUCAAGAAGAUGAAGCGCAACUUGAGAAAAGUUCUUGACAGCAAAGCAAUAGACACCAACCAACCCAUGAACGCGCUCAUGCGGCUCAACCAGAUCAGGCCGGGCCUGCAGUACAAACUCCUGUCCCAGUCUGGACCCGUCCACGCACCUGUCUUCACCAUGUCGGUGGAAGUGGACGGUACAGUGUACGAAGCCUCGGGGUCCUCCAAGAAGACAGCCAAGCUGCAUGUGGCUGUCAAGGUGCUGCAGGCCAUGGGAUAUCCAACCGGGUUUGACGCAGACCUGGACUCCAUGAGCGCAGAUGAGAAAUCGGAUGGCGAGGGCAAGAGCGAGACAUCCACAAACUCAAGCAAUAACACGGCAAACUCCACCACAGACAGUUCGAAUACGCUGGAGGUACGAACUCAGGGCCCCAUACUCACUGCCAGUGGCAAGAACCCUGUGAUGGAGCUGAAUGAGAAGCGCAGGGGGCUGAAGUAUGAGCUCAUCUCAGAAAGCGGCGGGAGCCAUGACAAACGCUUUGUCAUGGAGGUGGAGGUGGAUGGGCAGAAGUUCCGUGGCGCAGGACCUAACAAGAAGGUGGCCAAGGCCAGCGCUGCCCUGGCAGCCCUGGAGAAGCUCUUCUCCGGACCCAAUGCCGCAGGCAACAAGAAGAAGAAAAUCAUCCCUCAGGCAAAGGGGGCAAUUGCUGCAGCAGCUGCAGCUUCUGUUGCUGCCCAAGCUGCCAGGGGUCGAGGAAGAGGAGCCCUGACUCGGGGGGCGUUCAUUGCGGCCGCAGCGCCUGGAUACGUCACACCAGGUGUGUGUUCUGGCUACGGGACUCCGUACGGGUACAGUGCCGCUGCCGCCCCUGCUUAUGGUGGUCUUUUCAUUGACAAUCCCUUUUACCAGCCGCGGACCAUCGCACCCUUUAUUAUUCACUUGGGUCCUCAAGAUCUCUUCUCUGACUUCUAGAACCAUCAGGUUGUGUGGCUCUAAAUGCUCUUACUGCAUCUGACCUAACUGGGCUGUCUCCACUGUACAGAACAGACAAACUACUCGUUAUUAUCCCCAUCCGAAGAAAAGCAAUACAACCUUAUUUAACUUCAGCAGAAUCGAAGGCUGAACUUGUCUUUAUUAUAUAGCAAUACACCUGAACUUUUAGCUUAAAGCUUACUUGAAACAAUGUGAAUGUUCAAUUGAGUCUUACCCAAAACAGCACUGCAAUAUUUAAUUUCAAUUGUAUAUUCACUGUGUGUGCGUGUAUGUGGGAUUAUUCUACAGAUGUAUGCAUAUAUAUUUAUGGUGCUUGCAACUAUAAAUAUAUUUGUAUAGGUAAUAUUAUGUACCUGUGUAUAUAUCUAGUUGGAAUAAUUUAUUUUAGAAUUGCAAAGUGAAAUGUAAGUAUAAUCCUAGAGUAGAGUAUUCUUCCAGUUUUAUAUAAGUAAUUAACUAGAACUCCGUGCACUGGCGGCAACUUUACUGAAUCGAUAGAGUAGUUAGUGCCACCUCUUUCUCUUUGCCUUGAGCAAUGUUUUCGGGGUGUUCUGGCACCUGAAUGUCCCCAAGCACGGUCCCCGUCCCCCGUCCCCCCUCACCGAUUUAGCCUGCCAUUUUUUUCGGGCGGGAUGGGGAGAAGUGUUCCUUCCUUCCUUCCCAUCUCCUGGCCCUCUUACCGAAGCAGCUCCUCGCUGACAACCACAAACCUGCAGCUGGACCUCCUGUGAGAAAGCACACUGCUCGGUGUACAUGGCACCGUGUGCUCAAUCCAGCACACGGCCAACAUUCACUAUGUCUCACUGGCUCCUUUGUUUGGGGCACCUGGUAUGUAUAGCGAACACCCUGGAGCACCACCCGUUCUCGUGUCAUGGGGGUGUGACAAGAAGCACAGCAUCUUUCCUUUUGUAGCCUUUUGCCAUCUUAACUGUUCGAGCUCCCUGAGCACACCAACACGUGCUCUCGUGACGGGGCCGAAAUAUCAACACCGGGCAUGCCCGCUCCGCCAACAAAGAGAAGUGGGUCUGUUUUUAUGCGAGAAGGAAAAAAAAAAAAAACCUCAACGAGGGCCCCACCGGUAAAAUACUCUGUAUCAAUGUUCAAACCAUUUUCUCCCCUGUUAAAAGCUGCUCAUUCAUUUAAAAAAAAAAAAAAAAAAAGGGAAAAAAAAGCCUGCUUUUAGACAAAUUUGUUUUGAAAACAUGACACUAUACUGAAUGCAGUUUGGUUCGCCUUUAAUGGCGGUAGGAUAAAUACAUUUGUUAGUCUGGCAAGAUUAAGUAAUUUACUUAUAAACCCUUUCACUACAGUGCCUGGGCCGUCCUGAAUCCUCAUAACGUCCCUCUGUGUUUAUCGGUUUAUCGCACUAAGUGCAAAGCAAGAGGCUUGUUUAGAACUUCCCUUCACAGCCUCGAAGAGCAAACGAUAUUCCAGUCUGGAUGCGUGUGGAGUCAGAUAGCCGUGUAGCUGCCCAUUUAGGCCAAGUGCACCUCGCCGCUCCCGUACGUCGGCUCGCGUAAGAGUGGGACCGGCCUAAAUCGGCAGCUCUCGCACUACUUGAUCUUCCACUGCAAUGCGCUGAGUUCUGUAGAUAUGAUACAUUGCAGAAAUACACCUUUGUACGUUGGCAAACGAUCAGAAUCAGAAGACAUGGAUAAUAUAUAUCUCUGCCCUUUAAAUGUAUUUAUAAUUUAAAUGCAACUGCUUAUGUGACGUUGGUGUUACUCGUGGAAUUUACGUGGUACUCGCUUCGUAAAGUCACAAGUAUUUGUAGUGUGACUAAUGAAAGUGUUGCUUAGAUACGAAUUUCAUUCAUUCAUUCAUUCAUUCAUCAUACAACCUUAACAGACAAUUUGCAACACGUUUUUGCGUAAUGACUUUGUGGCUAAACGGUUAGUCAUAAGAAUGUAAAACACAGUUUAUUCAUUGCCAUUUUAUUGUUGUAUGUUCAAAAAUAAAUCUAAUAAAUAUAGGAGACUUUCACACUGAUGCGUUUCGUUGAACGCCUAAAGAAUGUGAGUUUAAGCCAUAGUUUGUCCAUGCUGGAAUCCAAAUGAAAACCAAGUAAACAUUAAGCCUCUGUUGAGCAGGCUAAUUUUUAAAAGUAUUUAAACAUUGAUAUACAGUAUUGUACUGUUGGGUAAUACAUUUGAGCCUCGCAAGUUUUCUUUUGUCUCAGAUUGUAUAAAAUUCCUGAAACAUGCAUUGUGGUAAUUGCCUUUGUAUUUUGUGAAACUGCAAAAAAUCAUACAAUUUUCUUACAUCCAUAAUAUUUAUUUUACAUAUUUCAUUUUAUAUAUAUAGCUGAGGUUGGAGGAAUAAAGUAAAGGCACUUCUGGAAUUCACUUAAAUGACAUAAUUUGAGCUCGAUUAAUAUUUCGAUUUGUUCUUGCUGCUUCAAGAACUUAACUGUCAAAUUUGGUUUUCAUUACAAAUUUUUCCUUAAGGUGAUAAUUUUGAUAUGAAAGACGCUAUAAAAACCAAAAUAUUUGUCUGUAUAAUUUAGCUUUUCUUUGUUGCGUUAAUGGGGAAAUGAAUUUGUGUGAUUUUAAGCACGUAACAAAUGUGGGAAGGGUAAAAGUUUGUGUUGGCGAAUUGUGCACAGUUCUACUGACUAGAACAUCUGAAGCUUUCUUCCCCUACAAGAAUAUCUUGGCCUUGGCUACAUACACCUGUCAUGUACACUUAAUUUCCAGCUGUCAAGCGAGGGCAGCAACUAUUAGAACCCUGGAUUCACUUCUUCUCCGUAGUUGAGGAAGGAAGGAGUCUGUGCACCUUUAUUGUGGAGAGUUGGACUUCAGAGCUAGAAAUGAAAGUUACGUGUCGAAUGUAUUUCUUAGUCUUCCACCAACACUGAAUCGAUAUCCACUUUUAUUAUGUUCUGUACCUUUAGUACACAUUAACAACUUUCAUUAGAUUCACCACAUCAGCUUUUAUGAUUUCUUACAUUCCAAAGUCUUCUCACUUAAUGUAACCAAAGGUGUUUGUGAUUAACAUGGAAGUUUUUUUUUUUUUUUUUUU